GCAGCGCUGGAAAACUCAGAAUUAAUGGGCCGAGUCAAGAGGCGACAGUUUUGUCGAGAAAAUCAAAUUACACUUCAUUCGUUUGGGUUGCUAUGUAAAUCUGUGAAAUGGAACGGCCGAUUAAUAGGAUGCGAUACUAUCUCAAGGACGAGGUGGUGUCGCACAACAGGAAGGACGACUGCUGGGUCAUCAUACACAGGAAUAUCUACGAUCUGACGCCCAUGCUCAAGGAUCGCUAUGAUCACUGGAAUCGCACUCUGGACUAUUUGGUGGCCCAUGCGGGCAAGGAUCUCACCCAUUUCUUUCAUGAGAACGGAGAGCCCCGCACGGAGAUCUCUCCCAGCACUGGACGACCUCGUGUCCUGUUCCCGCCCAUUUUGGAAGUGGCAAUCUCCGAGUUUUGCAAGACGCCGGGCGAAAUGUGGAGCCAGGAUCCAUUCUAUCACAUCGGCAGGGUGACAAAUCGUGCGCGGCUUAUACGAAUUGUUAACACCCUAACAGCGCAGACGCAGUACAUGAACGUUUGCAACGAGGACAGCAUCUAUGACAUCCAACAGAAGUACAAAGAGCGCUACAAUCAUCAUGCAGGCAGCUACGAGUGGCGGAAGUUCGCAAAUGGGGGUAAAAGCUGCAGUAUCCUGGACCUGAAUGGCACCCUGGACGAGAAUGGGCUGACGGAUGAGGAGGACAGCACCGUGGAGCUGCCACCGCCUUCCAUUUGGCUGUACUACACGGACGACCUAACAAUUGCUUGAUCUUGAUUACUACUCCGCCUAUGUUUAAUUGUUAUUGGAAAUUUGUUGUGCAAGUAGAGCUCAUUUCAAGCUAGA